AGCAGACUACAGCUGUUGUGUUGUGUUUGUGUGGACUGAUGAGUGAAAGGGAAACCAGCAACAACAUGGACAUGUACAGCCGUGAGAAAACAAUAGUUGUGAGCUGCUUAAAACUAAUUCAGGAGUUUAGCUGGCUUCUAAAUGCGUUUGUCCUGGAUUUUUAUACGGAAGACCACUGGAAGCGGUUGCCUUCUUCUUGGAGAGCCGCUUUGAAAGGGUGUUCGUUAGAAGAAUUUGGGGAAUGGAUGUUAAUGAAUCAAUGUCCAAACCAGCGUGUGUGGCCUCUCUCCCUUCUUGCCUUACGUGCGUCAACCAAGGCUCUGUCAUUGUCCAGAGAUCAAAUUAGUCUAAAUAUAAGGGAUGAAGAUGAGAGUGAUCCACCGUCUCUUAAUAAUAACAGCAGCACCACCAUUCCUGGAAUGGAAACAAAAUGCUUGACAAAUAAAAACUUAAAACAGUUGUUUGUAAAGCACGUUAAGCCAAAGAAGAGACAUGAAACCAUCAUCAUGGCAAAGCUAUGUGCUGAUGCAGCCAUUAAGAGUAAAGUCAGUUACAUUGUGGAUGUUGGGGGUGGUAAGGGCCACUUGUCUCGGCUUCUUGCCUAUGGCUUUGGCCUUCGGGUCUGUUGUGUGGAUUCUCAAGGCAGUCUUAUUUCUUCUGCAAGAGAAAUAGAUAAACAGCUUGAAUAUACCGCAGCUAAACAUCUCGGCAAUUCCUAUAUGCAGCAGCUCUCUGGGCCUGAAUACCUAACAUUGACUGUAGGAUGUUCUGACGAUUCCCUUCAUCUGUUCAAAAAAGAGGUGCUGCAUAAACUACAUCUAGAUAAAGAAAGUGAAGUUUCUUUUGGGAUUGUAGGUCUUCACCCCUGUGGGGACCUUGCUGCCACUUUGCUCCGCCUCUUUACUAGUUUAAAUGAAGCCAAAUUCAUUUGUAUUGCGAGUUGCUGUUAUAUGAAACUAAGCCUUACUUCUUGCCCAGUUCAAGGCUAUCCUUUAAGCAGUUUCCUCCAAAUGCUUCCCAAUGAUCUCACUAAUCUAACAUAUGAAGCACUAGAAUUGUCAUGCCAUGCUUUGGAAUCAUACUGUCAGAGACUACAAUCACAAGAAUAUAAAUUUUUAAAAAUUCACAGUUUUAGAGCAGCUUUAGAAAAGCUGAUUGUUAAGCAUUACCCCACAAUGAAACAUUGUGGAUUAAGAAGCGUCAAGCAUUUUGAUCAAAUGGAUUUUCCUUUAUAUGCAGAAAAGGCUUUGAGUCGAAUCAAUCUCUCAAUACCAUUGUGUGAUCUCACUAGUUCUGAUAUUUCUGAGCAAUUAGAGAAUUGGCAGGAUGUUGUAGCUAUGUAUAGUUUACGCCUCCUACUUGCACCUCUAGUUGAAACAGUUGUGCUUUUAGAUCGCCUCAUCUAUAUUCAAGAAUGUGGUGGACUUGGCUCUAUAAUACCGGGCUUUGAUCCUGUUCUUUCACCACGCAACCUUAUUCUUCAAGGUUUGAAAACAGUAUAACAUACUGCCCUUUAUUCCGAUUGAUCAAUAAUAAAAAAAAAAAAAACGUCCUGAUAAUUUGCACUUGGCUCUUUAUUGAUGUUUUCUGUGCACUUUACAGCUUCAUUAAAAUCAACAAAUUAAAUCAA